CGGAGGGCCCGUGACGGGCGCGCUGCCGCAGGGAGCCAGAGCCAGAGCCCCGCAGUGGGCUGUGGGAUUUUAAAAUUAAUUUAUUUUAUAUUUUUUCUUUAAACUCCUCAUUCGAAGCCCUUUGUCACUCCUGCUUGCGGUUUUGUUUCUCCUGGCGGAUCAGCCCCCUCUGCUUGGAUUCCAGCCCUGCCGCCGCUCUCCCGGGGCCCCUGCGGGCCGGAUCGAGCCGUGCCGGCCGGAGGGACCGGCAGCGGCCCCGUCUGCCCCGGGCGGAGAUGGGGCCGGCGUGAUGGCGCCCUGGCCGCGGGGAGGAGCCGGUGCGAGCAGCGCUGCGGCGGGGAAGGUGUGUUGAUCUUGAUUUUAGGUACUGAAAGCUGACCUUUCCUCCUCGAAGAUGGCAUUUGUUUCAGCACAAGGGCCUACGGUGGUGGACCAAACCACUUUGAUGAAAAAAUACCUUCAGUUUGUGGCUGCUCUUACAGAUGUCAAUACACCCGAUGAAACCAAACUGAAAAUGAUGCAAGAAGUCAGUGAGAAUUUUGAGAAUGUGACAUCAUCCCCUCAAUAUUCUACGUUCCUGGAACACAUCAUCCCUCGGUUUCUCACCUUUCUGCAGGAUGGAGAAGUUCAGUUUCUGCAGGAGAAGCCAGCACAGCAACUCCGAAAGCUUGUGCUUGAAAUAAUUCACAGAAUACCAACAAAUGAACAUCUUCGUCUUCAUACAAAAAAUAUCCUAUCUGUGAUGUUUAGAUUUCUAGAGACGGAGAAUGAAGAAAAUGUACUGAUUUGCUUAAGAAUAAUUAUUGAAUUGCACAAACAGUUCCGACCAGCAAUCACUCAAGAAAUCCAUCAUUUCUUGGACUUUGUGAAACAGAUUUACAAGGAACUUCCAAAAGUAGUGAAUCGGUAUUUUGAGAAUCCUCAGGUGAUUCCAGAGAACACUGUUCCCACCCCUGAGAUGGUUGGCAUGAUCACAACCAUCGUGGUGAAAGUAAACCCUGAGCGAGAGGACAGCGAGACCAGAACACAUUCAAUAAUUCCCAGAGGAUCUUUAUCGCUGAAGGUCUUGGCUGAGCUACCUAUUAUUGUUGUUCUCAUGUAUCAGCUCUACAAGCUGAACAUUCAUAAUGUAGUAGCUGAAUUUGUGCCCUUGAUUAUGAACACUAUUAUAAUACAAGUUUCUGCUCAAGCAAGACAACAUAAACUUUACAACAAGGAAUUGUAUGCUGAUUUCAUUGCUGCUCAGAUUAAAACAUUGUCUUUUCUGGCUUAUAUCAUCAGAAUUUACCAGGAAUUAGUGGCUAAAUAUUCUCAGCAAAUGGUCAAAGGAAUGUUGCAGUUGCUCUCCAACUGUCCAGCUGAAACAGCACAUCUCCGGAAGGAGCUUCUGAUUGCUGCUAAACACAUCCUGACAACAGACCUGAGGAGCCAAUUUAUUCCAUGUAUGGAUAAGCUGUUUGAUGAAUCUAUACUUAUUGGCUCUGGAUACACUGCCCGAGAGACACUAAGACCCCUGGCUUACAGCACUCUGGCAGACCUGGUUCAUCAUGUCCGGCAGCAUUUGCCACUCAAUGACCUCUCUCUUGCUGUCCAGUUGUUUGCCAAGAACAUUGAUGAUGAGUCCUUGCCCAGCAGUAUCCAGACCAUGUCUUGCAAGCUUCUGCUAAAUUUGGUAGACUGCAUCAGGUCUAAAAGUGAACAGGAAAAUGGAAAUGGUAGAGAUAUUCUUAUGAGAAUGCUGGAGGUCUUUGUUCUGAAAUUCCACACCAUAGCCCGGUACCAGCUGUCUGUGAUUUUUAAGAAAUGCAAGCCCCAGUCUGAGCUCGGGGCUGCCGAAGCCGCGUUACCCGGGGUUCCAACAGCAGCAAAUGCAGCCCCUGUUCCUGUUCCAUCUCCUGCCCCAGCCACUCCAGUGGCCCCUGCACCAGUACCUGUAUUUGAAAAACAAGGGGAGAAGGAAAAAGAAGAUAAACAGACAUUCCAGGUCACAGAUUGCCGGAGCCUGGUGAAAACUUUGGUCUGUGGUGUCAAGACGAUCACGUGGGGCAUCACGUCAUGCAAAGCUCCUGGGGAAGCACAAUUCAUUCCCAAUAAACAGUUGCAACCUAAGGAGACACAAAUCUAUAUAAAACUGGUAAAAUAUGCAAUGCAAGCUUUGGAUAUUUAUCAGGUUCAAAUAGCAGGAAAUGGACAGACAUAUGUUCGAGUAGCAAACUGUCAGACAGUCAGGAUGAAAGAGGAAAAGGAAGUUCUGGAGCAUUUUGCUGGUGUGUUUACAAUGAUGAACCCUUUAACUUUUAAAGAAAUCUUUCAAACUACUGUUCCUUACAUGGUGGAGAGAAUCUCAAAAAACUAUGCUCUUCAGAUUGUUGCCAAUUCCUUCUUGGCAAACCCUACUACCUCUGCCCUCUUUGCAACAAUUUUGGUGGAGUAUCUCCUGGAUCGACUGCCAGAAAUGGGCUCUAAUGUGGAACUCUCCAAUCUGUAUCUCAAGCUGUUCAAGUUAGUCUUUGGCUCUGUUUCACUGUUUGCAGCUGAAAAUGAACAAAUGCUGAAGCCACAUUUGCACAAGAUUGUGAACAGCUCUAUGGAACUUGCACAGACUGCCAAAGAGCCCUAUAACUAUUUCCUGCUGCUCAGAGCACUGUUCAGAUCUAUUGGAGGAGGCAGUCACGAUCUGUUAUACCAAGAAUUCUUGCCGCUGUUACCAAACUUACUGCAAGGACUCAAUAUGUUACAAAGUGGGCUUCAUAAACAACACAUGAAGGACUUGUUUGUAGAGCUCUGCCUCACUGUGCCUGUUCGUUUGAGCUCGUUGCUGCCCUAUCUGCCAAUGCUGAUGGACCCCCUGGUGUCAGCUCUCAAUGGAUCCCAGACCCUGGUUAGCCAAGGCUUGAGAACCUUGGAAUUGUGUGUGGAUAACUUGCAGCCAGACUUUCUGUAUGAUCAUAUUCAGCCAGUUCGAGCUGAGCUAAUGCAGGCUCUGUGGCGCACUCUGCGCAACCCCGCAGACAGCAUUUCUCACGUGGCUUAUCGUGUGCUGGGCAAGUUUGGUGGAAGUAACAGGAAGAUGUUAAAGGAAUCACAGAAACUGCAAUAUGUAGUCACAGAAAUCCAAGGACCCAGUAUUACAAUUGAAUUUUCAGACUGCAAAGCAUCCAUUCAGCUCCCAAUGGAAAAGGCAAUUGAGACUGCCCUGGACUGUUUGAAGAGCGCCAACACGGAGCCCUAUUACCGGAGGCAGGCGUGGGAGGUCAUCAAGUGUUUCCUGGUGGCUAUGAUGAGCCUGGAUGACAAUAAACAUGCCUUAUACCAGCUCCUUGCACAUCCCAACUUUACUGAGAAGUCCAUACCCAGUGUGAUCAUUUCCCAUCGGUACAAAGCACAGGACACUCCAGCUCGGAAAACCUUUGAACAGGCGCUGACAGGGGCGUUCAUGUCCGCGGUGAUCAAGGACCUGAGGCCCAGUGCCCUUCCCUUUGUAGCCAGUUUGAUCCGCCACUACACCAUGGUGGCAGUGGCUCAGCAGUGCGGUCCUUUCUUGCUGCAGUGCUAUCAGGUUGGAAGCCAGCCUAGCACAGCCAUGUUUCACAGUGAAGAAAAUGGGUCAAAAGGCAUGGAUCCCUUGGUGCUUAUUGAUGCCAUAGCAAUCUGCAUGGCAUAUGAGGAGAAGGAGCUCUGCAAAAUAGGGGAGGUGGCUCUAGCAGUGAUAUUUGAUGUUGCGAGCAUCAUCUUGGGUUCAAAAGAAAGGGCUUGUCAGCUUCCCUUGUUUUCGUACAUUGUGGAGCGUUUAUGUGCUUGCUGUUAUGAACAAGCCUGGUAUGCUAAACUGGGAGGUGUUGUGUCGAUCAAAUUUCUUAUGGAACGGCUGCCACUGAUUUGGGUUCUCCAGAACCAGCAAACUUUCCUGAAGGCCCUUCUCUUUGUUAUGAUGGAUUUAACUGGAGAGGUUUCCAAUGGAGCAGUUGCUAUGGCAAAGACCACGUUAGAACAGCUCUUGAUUAGAUGUGCAACUCCUUUAAAAGAUGAAGAAAAAACAGAAGAAAUCCUGGCAGCACAAGAAAAGUCUUUCCAUCAUGUAACACAUGACCUUGUUCGAGAAGUAACCUCUCCAAACUCUACUGUGAGAAAACAAGCCAUGCAUUCAUUGCAGGUGCUUGCACAGGUCACUGGGAAAAGUGUCACAGUGAUUAUGGAGCCGCAUAAAGAGGUUCUCCAAGACAUGGUUCCUCCUAAAAAGCAUUUACUUAGGCAUCAACCUGCAAAUGCCCAGAUUGGCCUGAUGGAGGGAAAUACCUUUUGCACAACCCUGCAACCCCGAUUGUUUACAAUGGAUCUGAAUGUUGUUGAACACAAGGUUUUCUACACAGAGUUAUUGAAUUUAUGUGAGGCUGAAGAUUCUGCCUUAAUGAAACUACCUUGUUACAAAAGUCUUCCAUCUCUUGUACCUCUUCGAAUUGCAGCCUUAAAUGCUCUAGCUGCUUGCAAUUACCUGCCUCAGUCAAGAGAGAAGAUCAUUGCUGCACUCUUCAAGGCACUGAAUUCGACAAAUAAUGAACUGCAGGAGGCAGGAGAAGCAUGCAUGAGAAAGUUCUUGGAAGGAGCUACCAUAGAAGUGGAUCAAAUCCACACCCACAUGAGACCAUUGCUGAUGAUGUUGGGAGACUAUCGAAGCCUGACCCUGAACGUUGUGAAUCGUUUGACAUCAGUUACCAGACUUUUCCCAAACUCUUUCAAUGAUAAAUUCUGUGAUCAGAUGAUGCAACACCUGCGUAAAUGGAUGGAAGUUGUAGUUAUUACACACAAAGGUGGACAACGGAGUGAUGGAAAUGAAAUGAAGAUUUGUUCAGCAAUUAUAAAUUUAUUCCAUCUGAUCCCAGCUGCCCCACAGACUCUGGUUAAACCUCUCCUGGAAGUUGUUAUGAAAACAGAACGAGCAAUGUUAAUUGAGGCUGGCAGUCCAUUCAGGGAACCACUGAUAAAAUUUUUGACACGUCAUCCAUCCCAGACUGUGGAGCUGUUCAUGAUGGAAGCCACUUUAAAUGAUCCCCAGUGGAGCAGAAUGUUUAUGAGUUUCUUAAAGCAUAAAGAUGCCAAACCCCUGCGAGAUGUCCUGGCAGCUAAUCCCAACCGAUUUAUCACUCUGCUCUUGCCCGUCGGUACCCAGGCAGCCGUGAGACCUGGGUCUCCAAGCACCACCACAAUGCGUCUGGAUCUGCAGUUCCAAGCUAUCAAAAUCAUAAGCAUUAUUGUUAAGAAUGAUGAAUGUUGGUUAGCAAAUCAACAUUCCUUGGUGAAUCAGCUGAAACGUGUGUGGGUGAGUGAAGCUUUCCAGGAGAGACACCGUAAGGAGAACAUGGCUGCGACAAACUGGAAGGAACCAAAGCUGUUGGCAUAUUGCUUAUUGAAUUACUGCAAAAGGAAUUAUGGUGAUAUAGAGUUACUCUUCCAGUUGCUGCGAGCUUUCACGGGUCGAUUUCUCUGCAAUAUGACUUUCUUAAAGGAAUAUAUGGAAGAAGAGAUCCCUAAAAACUACAGUAUUCCCCAAAAACGGGCUUUGUUCUUCCGGUUUGUAGACUUGAAUGACCCAAACUUUGGAGAUGAGCUCAAAGCCAAGGUGCUGCAACAUAUCCUGAAUCCUGCUUUCCUGUACAGUUUUGAAAAGGGAGAAGGUGAACAGCUGUUAGGACCUCCAAACCCAGAAGGAGAUAAUCCAGAAAGCAUCACUAGUGUUUUUAUUACAAAGGUACUUGAUCCAGAAAAACAGGCUGACAUGCUGGAUUCCCUGAGGAUAUACCUGCUGCAGUUUGCCACGCUGCUGGUCGAGCACGCCCCGCAUCACAUCCACGACAACAACAAAAACCGCAACAGCAAACUGAGGCGCCUCAUGACCUUUGCCUGGCCCUGCCUCCUGUCCAAGGCCUGUGUGGACCCAGCCUGCAAAUACAGUGGCCAUUUGCUUCUGGCACACAUCAUUGCCAAAUUUGCCAUCCAUAAGAAGAUAGUUCUACAGGUUUUUCACAGUCUUCUAAAGGCUCAUGCCAUGGAGGCCCGAGCUAUUGUCAGGCAGGCCAUGGCUAUUCUGACUCCAGCUGUGCCCGCUCGGAUGGAGGAUGGACAUCAGAUGCUCACUCACUGGACGCGAAAAAUCAUUGUGGAAGAGGGUCAUACUGUUCCCCAACUAGUGCAUAUUUUGCACUUGAUAGUACAACAUUUCAAGGUUUAUUAUCCAGUGAGACAUCACUUGGUUCAGCAUAUGGUUAGUGCCAUGCAGAGACUGGGCUUCACUCCCAGUGUUACAAUAGAGCAAAGAAAAUUAGCUGUGGAUCUUGCUGAAGUGGUUAUUAAAUGGGAAUUGCAAAGAAUUAAAGACCAGCAGCCAGAUUCAGAUAUGGACUCAAGUGCAAGUGGAGAAGGAGCAUCUGCGUCAUCUGCUGUUAAAAGAGGAUUGUCUGUGGAUUCUGGCCAAGAAGUUAAACGAUUCAGGACAGCUACAGGAGCAAUAAGUGCUGUGUUUGGACGUAGCCAGUCCCUGCCAGGAGCCGAUGCCCUCCUUGCCAAGCCGAUUGACAAGCAGCACACAGACACAGUCGUGAAUUUCUUGAUUAGGAUCGCUUGCCAGGUAAAUGACAACUCCAACACUGCUGGAUCUCCUGGGGAGUUGCUGUCUCGCCGCUGUGUCAACCUGCUGAAAACAGCUUUACGGCCAGACAUGUGGCCCAAGUCAGAGCUGAAGCUGCAGUGGUUUGACAAGCUGCUAAUGACUGUGGAACAACCCAACCAGGCCAACUUUGCCAACAUUUGCACCGGUUUAGAGGUCCUGAGUUUCCUGUUGACUGUGCUGCAGGCCCCUGCUAUCCUGAGCAGCUUCAAGCCCCUGCAGCGAGGGGUGGCCGCCUGUAUGACCUGUGGGAACACCAAGGUGCUGAGAGCAGUGCACAGUUUGCUCUCUCGCCUCAUGGGUAUUUUCCCUACAGAACCAAGUACCUCAAGUGUAGCUUCAAAGUAUGAAGAGCUGGAAUGCCUUUAUGCUGCAGUUGGAAAGGUUAUUUAUGAAGGAUUGACUAAUUAUGAAAAAGCCACCAACGCCAACCCUUCCCAGCUCUUCGGGACUUUAAUGAUCCUGAAGUCUGCCUGCAGCAACAAUCCCAGCUACAUUGACAGGCUCAUUUCAGUUUUCAUGAGAUCCCUGCAGAAGAUGGUCAGGGAACACUUGAACCCACAGGCAACAGCGGGAACUGCAGAAGCAAAUACAGCAGGUACAAGUGAACUGGUAAUGCUCAGUCUGGAUCUUGUGAAAACUCGUCUGGCUGUGAUGAGCAUGGAAAUGAGGAAAAAUUUUAUACAAGCCAUUCUAACAUCUCUCAUUGAAAAAUCUACUGAUGCCAAAAUUCUUCGUGCAGUGGUAAAAAUAGUGGAAGAGUGGGUGAAAAACAAUUCCCCAAUGGCAGCUAAUCAGACACCUACUCUCCGGGAGAAGUCCAUUUUACUGGUGAAAAUGAUGACUUACAUUGAAAAGCGUUUUCCAGAAGACCUUGAAUUAAAUGCCCAGUUCUUAGACCUUGUUAACUAUGUCUAUAGGGAUGAGAAUCUUUCUGGUAGUGAACUUACAGCUAAACUGGAGCCAGCGUUCCUGUCGGGUCUGCGCUGUGCUCAGCCACUCAUCCGAGCCAAGUUUUUUGAGGUCUUUGACAAUUCCAUGAAACGUCGUGUUUAUGAGCGUUUACUUUAUGUGACCUGUUCCCAAAACUGGGAAGCCAUGGGAAAUCACUUCUGGAUAAAGCAGUGCAUCGAGCUCCUGUUGGCAGUGUGUGAGAGGAACACCACAAUUGGGACAAGCUGCCAGGGGGCCAUGCUGCCCUCCAUCACCAAUGUCAUCAACCUUGCUGACAGCCACGACAGGGCAGCCUUUGCUAUGGUGACCCACGUCAAACAAGAGCCUCGUGAAAGGGAAAACAGUGAAUCCAAAGAAGAGGAUGUUGAAAUAGACAUUGAAUUGGCUCCAGGAGAUCAGACCAGUACACCAAAAACUAAGGAACUUUCAGAGAAGGACAUUGGGAAUCAGCUGCACAUGUUGACCAACCGACAUGACAAAUUUCUUGACUCUCUUCGAGAAGUGAAGACUGGAGCGUUGCUGAGUGCCUUUGUUCAGUUAUGUCACAUUUCUACACCUUUGGCAGAGAAGACUUGGAUACAGCUUUUUUCACGACUUUGGAAAAUCCUGUCUGACAGACAACAACAUGCUCUAGCAGGUGAAAUAAGCCCUUUCUUGUGCAGUGGCAGCCAUCAGGUGCAGCGAGACUGCCAGCCCAGUGCCCUGAACUGCUUUGUGGAAGCAAUGUCACAGUGUGUUCCUCCCAUUCCCAUCAGACCUUGUGUCCUGAAAUACUUGGGUAAAACUCACAACCUCUGGUUUCGUUCUACACUGAUGCUGGAACACCAAGCCUUUGAAAAAGGACUGAGUCUACAGAUUAAGCCUAAACAGACAACAGAAUUUUAUGAGCAGGAAAGCAUAACUCCUCCUCAACAGGAAAUACUGGACUCCCUUGCUGAGCUCUACUCCUUGUUACAAGAAGAGGAUAUGUGGGCUGGACUGUGGCAGAAACGCUGUAAAUUCCCAGAGACAGCAACAGCCAUUGCCUAUGAACAGCAUGGCUUUUUUGAACAGGCACAAGAAACUUAUGAAAAAGCCAUGGAAAAGGCUAAAAAGGAGCACGAACGGAACAACGCUUCCCCUUCCAUCUUUCCUGAAUAUCAGCUCUGGGAAGACCACUGGAUUCGUUGCUCAAAAGAACUGAACCAGUGGGAGCCUUUGACAGAAUAUGGCCAGUCAAAAGGUCAUAUAAAUCCUUACCUCGUGUUGAAGUGUGCAUGGAGGGUCUCAAACUGGAUUGCUAUGAAGGAGGCUCUGGUGCAGGUGGAGUUGAGCUGCCCAAAAGAGAUGGCCUGGAAAGUGAACAUGUACAGAGGGUACCUGGCAAUCUGCCACCCCGAGGAGCAGCAGCUGAACUUCAUCGAGCGCCUGGUGGAGAUGGCGAGCAGUUUGGCCAUCCGGGAAUGGCGGAGGCUCCCUCACGUGGUCUCACACGUUCACACUCCCCUUCUCCAGGCAGCACAGCAAAUAAUUGAACUUCAAGAAGCAGCCCAAAUAAAUGCAGGAUUGCAACCAACUAAUCUGGGGAGGAACAACAGCUUACAUGAUAUGAAGACUGUUGUAAAGACUUGGAGAAACAGGUUACCUAUUGUGUCAGAUGAUUUAUCCCACUGGAGCAGCAUUUUCAUGUGGAGACAACAUCAUUACCAGGCCAUUGUGACUGCAUAUGAAAACAGUUCUCAGCAUGAUCCCAGUUCCAACAAUGCCAUGUUGGGAGUUCAUGCCUCUGCAUCAGCAAUUAUCCAAUAUGGAAAGAUAGCUCGGAAACAAGGGCUGGUCAACGUGGCGCUGGACAUCCUGAGCCGCAUCCACACCAUCCCAACCGUGCCCAUCGUGGAUUGCUUCCAGAAGAUUCGGCAGCAAGUGAAGUGUUAUCUGCAGCUGGCUGGAGUCAUGGGCAAAAAUGAAUGUAUGCAGGGUCUUGAAGUUAUUGAAUCAACCAAUCUGAAGUACUUCACCAAGGAGAUGACUGCUGAGUUUUAUGCACUGAAGGGAAUGUUCUUGGCACAGAUUAACAAGUCUGAAGAAGCAAACAAAGCUUUUUCUGCAGCUGUGCAAAUGCACGACGUGCUGGUGAAAGCCUGGGCCAUGUGGGGGGAUUACCUGGAGAACAUCUUUGUGAAGGAAAGGCAGCUCCACCUGGGGGUUUCUGCCAUCACUUGCUACCUGCACGCCUGCCGUCACCAGAACGAGAGCAAGUCAAGGAAAUACUUAGCAAAGGUUCUUUGGCUGCUGAGUUUUGAUGAUGACAAGAACACCUUGGCAGAUGCAGUGGACAAAUAUUGUAUUGGUGUCCCACCCAUCCAGUGGUUGGCCUGGAUCCCACAGCUGUUGACGUGCCUGGUUGGCUCAGAGGGCAAACUCCUCCUGAACCUCAUCAGUCAGGUGGGAAGAGUCUAUCCCCAAGCUGUUUACUUUCCUAUCAGGACCCUCUAUUUGACCUUGAAGAUAGAACAGCGAGAGCGCUACAAAAGUGAUUCUGGGCAACAGCAGCCAAGUUCAGUUGGGAAUCAGUCCCACUCUGCCUCAGACCCUGGGCCAAUCCGAGCCACUGCACCAAUGUGGAGAUGCAGCAGAAUUAUGCACAUGCAGCGGGAAUUGCAUCCAACACUUUUGUCUUCUCUGGAAGGCAUUGUGGAUCAGAUGGUCUGGUUCAGAGAGAAUUGGCAUGAAGAGGUUCUUAGACAACUGCAGCAGGGCCUGGCCAAGUGCUAUUCGGUUGCCUUUGAGAAAAGUGGAGCUGUUUCAGAUGCCAAAAUCACUCCUCAUACACUAAAUUUCGUCAAGAAGUUAGUCAGCACUUUUGGAGUAGGUCUUGAGAACGUCUCUAAUGUGUCCACCAUGUUUUCUAGUGCAGCCUCAGAGUCAUUAGCUAGGAGAGCACAGGCAACAGCUCAAGAUCCCGUGUUCCAGAAAUUAAAAGGGCAAUUUACAACAGAUUUUGACUUCAGUGUGCCAGGGUCAAUGAAACUUCACAACCUUAUCUCUAAACUAAAGAAAUGGAUCAAAAUUCUGGAGGCAAAAACUAAACAGCUUCCAAAGUUCUUCCUCAUAGAGGAAAAGUGCCGCUUUCUAAGUAACUUCUCAGCUCAGACUGCAGAAGUAGAGAUACCUGGAGAAUUCCUUAUGCCAAAGCCAACACAUUACUACAUCAAGAUAGCAAGGUUCAUGCCAAGGGUGGAGAUAGUUCAGAAGCACAACACUGCAGCCCGGAGGUUGUACAUCCGAGGCCACAACGGGAAGAUCUACCCGUACCUGGUGAUGAACGACGCGUGUCUGACCGAGUCGCGCAGGGAGGAGCGGGUGCUGCAGCUCCUCCGCCUCCUCAACCCCUGCCUGGAGAAGAGGAAGGAAACCACAAAAAGACACUUGUUUUUUACAGUGCCCCGUGUUGUGGCGGUUUCUCCGCAGAUGCGUCUGGUCGAGGACAACCCAUCAUCACUGUCCCUGGUGGAGAUCUACAAGCAGCGCUGUGCCAAGAAGGGCAUCGAGCACGACAACCCCAUCUCCCGCUACUACGACCGGCUGGCCACGGUGCAGGCCCGGGGCACUCAAGCCAGUCAUCAGGUUCUCAGAGACAUCCUUAAGGAAGUGCAGAGUAACAUGGUCCCACGGAGCAUGUUGAAGGAAUGGGCCCUGCACACAUUCCCCAAUGCCACGGAUUACUGGACUUUCAGGAAGAUGUUCACUAUCCAGUUGGCCCUGAUUGGCUUUGCAGAAUUCAUCUUUCACUUAAAUAGACUCAACCCUGAAAUGCUGCAGAUUGCCCAGGACACUGGCAAGCUAAACGUGGCUUACUUUCGCUUUGACAUUAAUGAUGCUACUGGAGAUUUGGAUGCCAAUCGUCCCGUUCCGUUCCGGCUCACCCCGAACAUUUCGGAAUUCCUCACCACCAUCGGGGUGUCUGGUCCCCUGACUGCAUCAAUGAUUGCAGUAGCUCGCUGCUUUGCACAGCCAAACUUCAAGGUUGAUGGCAUCCUAAAAACUGUGCUGAGGGACGAAAUAAUUGCGUGGCACAAAAAAACCCAAGAGGACACAUCCUCUCCACUCUCAGCAGCCGGGCAGCCCGAGAACAUGGACAGCCAGCAGCUGGUGUCACUGGUCCAAAAGGCUGUCACUGCCAUCAUGACUCGACUGCACAACCUGGCUCAGUUUGAAGGAGGAGAAAGCAAAGUCAACACUCUGGUAGCAGCUGCAAACAGCCUGGAUAAUCUGUGUCGGAUGGACCCCGCCUGGCACCCCUGGCUGUGACUUGAAAGUUUCAACAGUUUAGUUUUUGUUUUUUGGUUGGGUUUUUUUUUGUAUUUUUGGGUUUUCGUUUUUGUUUCUUUUGGUUUUGUUGUUGUUUGUUUUGGGUUUUGAUUUUUUUUUUUGCUGUUGUUUGUGGUGUGAGCCAUACAUUGUGUUAAGAAAAUGUGAAAAAAAAAAGCUUUCCAGCCCAUGGCUUACCUGUCACACUGCCUUCUGUCAGUUUUUAUUGUUGUGUUUACAGUAGUACAGCGAUUUUACUGUUUUUUAAUUUCAUGAGGAGAUGUUUCCUUCUGUGUAAGAAGUUUGUUUUAAUAUGCAGCAGCAGCUUUCACAAAUAGAUUAAAGUGAAGAGAGAAAAAUAAUAUACAAAAAAAUCUUAUUUUAUGAUGAAGACUAUGAAACUAGCAUUGUUAGAUUUAGGGUCUGCCAUUCCUAAUAACCUGCAGUAUAUAAAUUUUUUAUACAAUAGUAAGUACUUUUAAAAAAGAAAGAUACAGUAUUCCCUGUUACUGAAUUUUACUCUGUGAAAUUUUACUUAAUCACUCUCUCUUCAUUAUGCCAAAUUGAAGGCACAAAUAAAUUCUCUUCCUUUAAGUUUGCUUCAAAUUUACAUGAGCAAUGUUAGUUUGUACAGACAAUUUUAUACCAAAUGUUAUAGAGGUGAUUUUUUGUUAGGCACUGAGAAAAUGAUGAUCAAAUUGUGCUGACUUUUCCUGGAGCACAAGCUAUGUACAGUAAAAGUGUAAACCAUUUAGAGUAUUUGGUUUAGCUGUGGACAGUGUUUGGGGGGGAAGUUUAUAAAAGGAUGGAAAAAGCCAUCCUUUGAUACAUGUAUUUGGCUGCAAUAGAUAAAAAAUGAAAUCUUAUGAAAUUCUCUUUACUGUUUAGAAUUACAGUAGCUUCUUUAGAAUGAAUGUGUUCCUUUGUAAUUUAAGAAAAGAGCAGUUUAAUGUUUCACUUGUCUUUCUGUUGUGUUAUCAUUUUUAUAAAACUUCGGUGUUGAGAAUGUUAAAUUUGUACAGAGUGAUUUUUUCAAAAUAAAUAUUUUGUAAAACUCUG